UAAUGGCCUCUGCCUUGUCAGUUCCGUGAGUGAAGUGUUAUGAAGAAGAGUUUUGCGAGAAAGAAUUUUUAUCUGGUGUUGUGUAUAUUGGAUUCAAGGUUUUUUUUACUUAUUAAAUAAGUUAAAUUGAAUAGCAACAGACUUCACUGGAGACAUUACAACAACAAUUUAAGAUGUCUAAAUUGGAUUUGGUGAUCUUUGGUGCUACGGGCUUCACGGGUAAACAUGCGGUAGAGCACCUUGCCCGUGGAAUGAAGGAGUUCUUGGGUCGCAGCUGGGGUAUAGCAGGCCGCUCCAAGAAGAAACUGGAGGAGGUAUUGCAGGAAAUAUCUAAAAAAACGGACGCCAACCUGUCCGGCGUGAGGGUGAUAGUCGCGGAUUGUGGCGACUACGAGUCUCUGAAGGCGAUGUGUGCGCAGACCCGCGUGGUAGUGAACUGCUGCGGACCCUACCGGCUGUACGGCGAGCCUGUGGUCAAGGCCGCUGUUGAGUGUGGCGCUCACCAUGUGGAUGUCAGCGCGGAGCCGCAGUUCAUAGAGUUGAUGCAAAUCCAGUACGACAAGCAAGCGCGUGACGCCGGUGUCUACAUUGUAAGCGCGUGCGGAGUCGAUAGUAUUCCCAACGACAUGGGCGUUAUAUACCUGGAGCAAAACUUUGAAGGAACUUUAAACAGUGUGGAAUCUUACCUGAGCUCAUCGCUACCGCCGGAGUUCCAGAAAGAGGCAAACGGCUACUUCAACUAUGGAACUUGGGAAUCAAUCGUGCAUAGUUUGAUUCACUGGGAUGAGCUUGCCCCUCUCAGGAAGAAAUUGUAUUCAGAGCGCAUGCCCACUUUCAAGCCUAAACUGCAGAAAAGGAUCCACAGAUACAAUAACGGCUGGUGCAUACCAUUAAUGGGUGCGGACAACUCCAUAGUUUAUCGUACUCAACGUUACCUCUACGAGACUCAGAACAAACGCCCGGUGCAAUUCAAAGCUUACCUGUACUUCAAGAGCUUACUGCACGUAGUGAUGCUUAUGUUCUUCGGAAUACUGUUGUAUGUGAUGACUAGAACGAAGUUUACUGCCAAGCUUUUGCUGGAUCAUCCGAGGUUUUUCUCCUGCGGAUUCAUCGCUAAAGAGGGACCGAAAAAAGAGGUGAGUCAGAACACGCGAGUCACGGUGGAAUUGGUCGGGCGCGGAUGGCCUCAAGGCGUCGACGUGGCUUCUACUGCUCCGGAACGCAUAAUGCGAGCCAAGGUAUCAGCCUUGGACCCCGGCUAUGGAUUCAGUACGUUGGCCCUUCUGAUGUGUGCCAACACAAUCUUAACAGAGAAGGACAAGAUGCCCACGGCCGGAGGAGUUCUUACAACGGGAGCCGCAUUCUCUAAUACCAGUCUAAUAAAGAAGCUGCAAGACAACAACACUACCUUUGAAAUCAUAGACAAGAAAUAAUUCAAUAGAUCAUUUGCCUGUAAAAUCAUUAAUUUUCUUUCGUAGUUUAAGUGAUAUUAUUCGUAUCGCAUCAGCGCUUAAAAAAAUCUCAUAAAUGUCUGAGUUAAUAUUAUUUAACAAAUUUUAACGUAGCAACAUCUUAGUAAGAUUAUGGCAACACAGUUGCUCAGAGAUUUGAAAUAACUUAGAGCCUCUGAGAACUGUUUGUAUUGUUAUAAUAGUUAUUUUUAAGAUUUGAAUUGUUGUUAUAAUUUAUUUUUAAGCAUUUAACUGUUUAAUGUUUCAAUCUAAAGAAAAUAUUACUAGAAAAAAAAUCACGCAGGCCAGGUUUUUUCGGACCAUAAUUGGUCAGUGCGUGCGCCCGGAUAGCGAAGGGUGCGAGUUCGAGUCCCAUCUGCUGCCUGCACCGAAUAGAAUUGUUGGUUCUAAAGCCAUCAACAUUCCAUUUGACCUUGCAAUUGUUGUUUCCAAAGCCAUGCCAGGUCUAUAUUUUUUGGUAUUUUAUACUUCUAUUAAUGUUAUAUUAAUAAACUUGUAUUUAUAUUUGAAUGAUUGAUUUGUUAUAUAAUAAUGAUUAAUGAAUUUAAAUGCUGGAUGUAUUAAGUAUUUAGUUUUCAUUUAUGUAUGUGUGUCGCAAGUAGAUUGUAGAUAUCUCCGUAUUACAUUGCGGAAAUCUAAAUUUACAACGAAACUGCUUUGCAAAACGUCUGAUCGACGAUAAGCCAGAUUGCAUUAUGGCUACAAUUAACGUUUGUUCUUUUCGGCUAGCCAUAAUGUAAUUUGGUGAGUUCCUAGCCGUGGUAGUUUCAAUUAGUUCCAAUAGGGAUGAUGACGGGGUACAGUAAACGAAAUUCUAUUUAGUCCGUCAGUUAGAUGAUCAAAAAAUAAUGAACACGUAUUUUUUCUUUGGGAAAUGAACCAAAAAAUGACAAAGUUAUAGCGCGUCAAAGUUUGGGAGUAGGGGCUCGUGACGUCACUUUUGAGUGAAUUUUCGCUUAUAAGUGUACUUAAACGUGACGUCAUGCGACUUUUCAAAUCAAUAUAUCUCUGUAAUGUUUAUAUUAUGUGAAAAAAGAAAAAAUACGUGUCCAAUACUUUUUGAUAAUCUACCUGAUAAACGAAGAAAAAAAAAUUAGUCAUCAUCCCUAUUGUCAAUACUUUCAGCGAUGUCUAUUGUGUCGACUGCAAUGGUGCUGAUUCUGGCAUGAUUCUCUAAACCCAAACUUAAAUUUGACAACAAUGUCAAUAUAAUAAUGAGGAGCUGGCGAACAAAACUGUAUAAAUACACAUUUUUUUACAGUCCGGAGGUUUCGGGCCCGUUGAAAUUGAAUCUAAAAUAAUUUUCAAUCAAAAUCGCCUAAAACAGUGUUAAAAUUACAAAAAUUAUAAAUAAGAAACCAUGCCAAAAGGUUACUGUAGGUAUGUCAUUUAGUGUAUGCAGCUCCUGUAAAAAAUUAAUUAUAUGUAAUAUUACCGUUUCGUUUGCCAGCUCCUCAAUCGUUCCUUGUCAUUUUCUAUACGGAAUGAUAAGGAGAGAUUGAUUUAUAAUUUAAUUUUAAGUUUAGAGAAUCAUGCCAGAAUCGACACCAUUGGCGUGAAAUUUAAAAACUCGAUCAUCGUAUUGUAAAAUGUAUCGUAACGAUUAUACGGCUCAUCGAUGUAAUACAGAACGAAUCCGGUUUGCAAAGUAACUAGCCGAUUUGAAAUACGGCUAAAUAUGUUCUGCUUGCGACGUAUCAUACAUGUUGUAUGUCCAUGCAGCCUUUAUAGUGCUUUGGGCUGUGUAUUGGUUAUUAAUAUCUUUUAACGACUACUAUCGUGCCAAUUAUUAUCUCCUUGAUUAGAAAUUCGAAUAGAGUAUCACUAAUACUUACACGCUAUACUGAGGUGAAGAUGCUCAAUACAAGGAGAUAAAUUCUAUAACUUUUUAUUAACUAGUGUCAUCAUUCCAUGUGUCAUGUUUUUUUUUAUUAAAAUGACUAAUAAAAGUCUGUGUUUUAA